AGCAGAAGGGACAGGGACUGGCGGGAGGUGCGCAGAGCUCUCCGGGCUGCCAGUGCUCGCUGCGCCUGGGGAAUUGGGCUGUGGGCGAGGCGGCCCUGGCCGGCCUUUAUCGCUCCCCCGUUCGUCUUUUGAAACUUUAUCAAGGAGUCUCACCACUCGCUGCAGACGAGAGCAGGGGGCGGGGGCGAGGCGCCGGCAGCGUGACGAGGCGCUCCGGUGCUGAGCGCUUCUGCUCCGGGCACGCAUGGCGCCCGCACACGGAGUCUGACCUGAUGCAGACGCAAGGGGGUUAAUAUGAACUCCCCUCUCGGUGGAAUCUGGUUCUGGCUCCCUCUGCUCUUGACCUGCCUCAUCCCUGAGGUCAGCUCUUCAUGGUGGUACAUGAGAGCUACUGGUGGCUCCUCUAGGGUGAUGUGUGACAAUGUGCCAGGCCUGGUGAGCCGCCAGCGGCAGCUGUGCCACCGCCACCCAGACGUGAUGCGUGCCAUUGGCUUGGGAGUAGCGGAGUGGACUGCAGAGUGCCAGCACCAGUUCCGCCAGCACCGUUGGAACUGUAACACCCUGGACAGGGACCACGGCCUCUUUGGCAGGGUUCUGCUCCGAAGUAGUCGGGAAUCUGCCUUUGUUUACGCCAUCUCCUCAGCUGGAGUUGUAUUUGCCAUCACCAGGGCCUGUAGCCAAGGAGAAUUAAAAUCCUGUUCCUGUGAUCCAAAGAAGAAAGGAACUGCCAGAGACAGCAAAGGCAUCUUCGACUGGGGUGGCUGCAGUGAUAACAUUGACUAUGGGAUCAAGUUUGCCCGAGCAUUUGUGGAUGCCAAGGAAAGGCAGGGGAAGGAUGCCAGAGCCCUGAUGAAUCUUCACAACAACAGAGCUGGCAGGAAGGCUGUAAAGCGGUUCUUGAAGCAGGAGUGCAAGUGUCACGGUGUGAGCGGCUCAUGUACCCUGAGGACAUGUUGGCUGGCCAUGGCCGACUUCAGAAAAACGGGUGAUUAUCUCUGGAGGAAGUACAAUGGGGCCAUCCAAGUGGUCAUGAACCAGGAUGGCACUGGUUUCACUGUGGCUAAUAAGAGGUUUAAGAAACCAACGAAAAAUGACCUUGUGUAUUUUGAGAAUUCUCCAGACUACUGUAUCAGGGACCGAGAGGCAGGCUCCCUGGGUACAGCAGGCCGAGUGUGCAAUCUGACUUCCAGAGGCAUGGACAGCUGUGAAGUCAUGUGCUGCGGCAGGGGCUAUGACACCUCCCGCAUCACCCAGAUGACCAAGUGUGAGUGUAAAUUCCACUGGUGUUGUGCUGUGCGCUGUCAGGACUGCCUGGAGGCCCUGGACGUGCACACGUGCAAGGCCCCCAAGAGCGCCGACUGGGCGACCCCUACAUGACCCUGGCAGACUGCCAUCCGCUUCCCUCCUGCAGGACUCCAUCGGAUCUGCAACGACACUGGAUCUCCGGGUUUCCUCUGGGGGGACAAUUCUGAAGGCGUGUGGCCUUUGUCCCAGUCGAAGCCCCUUCUUCCCUGGAGACCCCAGAACGAGGGGCCACAUGCUGCACAUAUGCAUACCCUGUUCUAUAUGUCAUCCACCAUUGUGGGUUUCCCUCUCAUCCUGAUGAGUUCUCUUUUGAAAUAGUAGGGUAGGCUGUUAGAGAGGCAGUGUCCCAGACCUCUGUCACGUAGGCUUUUCCUCUUUCUGGAGCAAUAGGCCAGGGAGAAAAACACAACAAAAAAGGGCAUCUCAAAGGAGUUGUAUAUGUGUCUUCCAACAAAUGCUUACAGUUAAGGAAUUCUCUACUUCUCUCUGGGACAUAAAGAAAGCAGAAUCAACUGUCACCAAAUUAACAUUAAUUGUUAAGAAAAACCAAGCAAGGCUUUUGUCUGAUCAAAGGAUGUCCAUAGCCACCAUCUUAUAGGUAAUUGGUAAAUGCUUAGAGAAAACCAGCUUCAAUAAACUUCACAUUUAAGAUGCA